AUGGGCCUAUGGCUUAUGAUUGGGAAAUGUGUACUCGCAGCUAAGGUCGUCUCCGUAGAGUAUAAUCCACUUUGGUAUUACAUUGCUUGCAGUACUUGCAAUAAAGUAGUGCAGCCAUAUGAAGAAGACCCUGAAAAUGGUGAUCUAGAUGAUGAGAGUCCUCCUCUUUUUCAUUGUUCCGCUUGUGAUGAAGUUUUCUUUCGUGUUGAAGCCAAGUACAUACUGGUACUCCGUGUCACCAAUGAGAGUGACGAAGAACUUCGAUUUUUAUUGUUUGAUCAUGUGGCACGCCCAUUCCUUCGACGAUCAGCAGAUGCUUUGGCUGAGGAGGUUACUUUGAAACCAGCUUCGGAAGUACCAUCAACAUUAUCAAAUCUGGUGGGAAAGUUGAUGCUUUUAAAGAUUUUGACAUCUAACGACAAUCUAAAGACUAGGAGAGUCACUUACAAGGUUGAAAUUGUUGUCGAUGAUGAGAAGUUUGUUGAUAAAUUUGUAAGGAAUGACUCGUCAAAGGCUGAUAAUAACCAAGUCUCCAACCAUUCCUCAUUGGAUAUUUGGAUGCCACAGAAUCAUCAACUCUGA